GCGGGUCCACACAGAGCGAGCAGCCUCGCGAGGCAUUUGCCGCGCGAGGCCGCUCGGUCUAUGUAGACGUGCCUCGGCCGAGGAAAUCGCGUGUACCGCCGCGGGCGAGCGACCGAGCGUCCGAGCAACCGAGUGUCGGCUUUUUGUUUUGCUCAAAGGCGCCUCAGUCGUUUGCCGCGCGCACUCUGGACGCACGUGUAUUUUGUUUCGUGCCUCGCUCGAGCUUAAUAAUUAUGGAUAAAGAUCAGUGUUUGAAAUUAAUAUCUCUCUAUGGUGUAAACACCUGGCUAUGGAAUGCAAGUGAUCCUAAUUAUACAAAUAGAGGGCUUAGAGAAGAUGCCUGGUUAAAUAUUAGCCGCGAGAUGAAUAUCCCCAUUCCUGAUUUAAAAAAGAAGAUGGAGUCGUUGAUGGGAUCCUACCGGAGGGAAAAAUCACGAGAAAAGAAAAGUCGUUUGACAGGAUCAGGUCGUGAUGACGUUUAUAAAUCCAGCUGGUUUGCAUAUAAUGCCUUUGCAUUUAUGUCUGAUAGGAACGAGCCAGGUACCACGCGGGAUACUAUGGAAAAUAAUGAAACCGAUACUAACGAUGAAACAGUAAGCGCAACUCAACUCGCUCAAGACCCUUCACCUGACAACGACAAUAUUCAAGUUAUGGAAAAUCAGCAACAACAAGAUGACACCAAUAACACACAAUUUAGAGUUGGAACGCAAGACCAGAGAUCCAGAAAACGAAGCAAAAAAAGACCUGCGAAAGACACAGACGAUUUAUCGGACGAAACUCUUUCCGAAGCUUUCAGGAUUCUCCAGCAGUGCGCAGAACCACAGCCAGCCCCACAGCCGCCUUGUGACUCGUAUUCGGCAUUUGGACAAUACAUAGCCAACGAAUUGAGAAACUAUGAUCCAGUAACUCUGGCGCAUGUAAAAAAAGAUAUAUGCGCAAUAAUAUUUCAAGCCAACACAGGAGCUUAUCAACAAUAUGGCUAUUAUACACAGAACUAUGCUAGGUCUAUGCAACAUCCUAGCAGUCAUGCUUCAUCUUACACCGAUCCGAUGUCUCCCUCACCACUACCUCCUCAACCAGCAAUUACCUCCUUUCCGAUGACUUCUCCAAUUCAAUCAGAGAUUCCACUUCCCCCUUCCCCUCCAAUGACUUCUCAAAAUCCAUCAGAGAUUCCUCCUCCCCCUUCCCCUCCAAUGACUUCUCAAAAUCCAUCAGAGAUUCCUCCUCCCCCUUCCCCUCCAAUGACUUCUCAAAAUCCAUCAGAGAUUCCUCCUCCCCCUCUGCCUCCUAAAUAUACUAAAACAUAAUGCGAGCGACACGUUGAAAUUGACUUCACUUUUCUUUCUUUUUCUUUUUUUGUUAUUUGUGUGCAGUUACUGUGAAAGUUAUAAUUAAAGUGAUUGGACUAAAUUGAAUAGAUAUUGUUUUUCUUUCACUUACCUUUACA